AUGGAUUUCAUCUUACCACCCACGAUACCCGUUGAUGGCAUCCAAUGGGAGAAGGUUUUACCGCCACUUUUCCCCCGUCUCAAUGGGACUUACGGACAAUAUAACUGGACACCCCAACUGUUAAUUCCAGAGAUUGAUAGUACCAGCGCUGCAGAGGCAACUUGUGACGAUAGUGGAUUUACAGUUCAAGUCGAUGUCAAACUAUUUAACCCAAAGGAUCUGUUGGUCAAAGUAAUCGGAGAUUUUGUAGAGGUACAAGGAAAGCACGAAGAAAGAAAGAAAGAUAGUCCUGGAAUGACAACACGGCAGUUUAACCGUCGCUAUCGAAUUCCAAAGGGUGUGGACACCAUGGCUUUAGAAUCAGCAGUUUCUCCGGAUGGUGUGCUCAUCAUAACUGCACCCAUACUACAAAGAGAAAUGUCCCAAUCACAGCCGUUCUCAUAG